CCCCGGGCGCCACUGCUCGCUGUGGGGCGGGCGGGCGCGGCCGAGGCGGAGCGCGGCGGCAGGCAGACGAGAUGCGAGCGCGGCCGCCGUCCGGGCCGCUCUGGGCCACUCUGCUGGCGCUGGGGGCGCUGGCGGGCGUCGGCGUCGGAGGGCCCAACAUCUGCACCAUGCGGGGUGUGAGCUCCUGCCAGCAGUGUCUGGCUGUGAGUCCCAUGUGUGCCUGGUGCUCAGAUGAGUCUCUGCCUCCAGGCUCACCCCGCUGUAACCUGAAGGAGAACCUGCUGAAGGAGAACUGCUACGUGGAGUCCAUCGAGUUUCCCAUCAGUGAGGCCCGUGUACUGGAGGCCAGGCCCCUUAGUGACAAGGGCUCUGGAGACAGCUCCCAGGUUACUCAAGUCAGUCCCCAGAGGAUUGCGCUCCGACUACGGCCAGAUGAUUCGAAGAAUUUCUCCGUCCAAGUGCGACAGGUGGAGGAUUACCCUGUGGACAUCUACUACUUGAUGGACCUGUCCUACUCCAUGAAGGAUGAUCUGAAGAGCAUCCAGAGCUUGGGUACCAAUCUGGCCUUGCGGAUGCGUGAGCUCACCAGUAACUUGCGUAUUGGCUUUGGGGCCUUUGUGGACAAGCCUGUGUCACCAUACAUGUACAUCUCCCCACCAGAUGCCCUCAAAAAUCCCUGCUAUGACAUGAAGAAUGCCUGCUUGCCCAUGUUUGGCUACAAGCAUGUGCUGACGCUAACUGACCAGGUGACCCGCUUCAACGAGGAGGUGAAGAAGCAGAGUGUGUCUCGGAACCGAGACGCCCCAGAGGGUGGCUUUGAUGCCAUCAUGCAGGCUACAGUCUGUGAUGAAAAGAUUGGCUGGAGGAAUGAUGCAUCCCACUUGCUGGUGUUCACCACUGAUGCCAAGACUCAUAUAGCACUGGAUGGAAGGCUGGCAGGCAUUGUCCAGCCCAAUGAUGGGCUGUGCCAUAUUGGCAGUGACAACCAUUAUUCUGCCUCCACUACCAUGGAUUAUCCCUCCCUGGGGCUGAUGACUGAGAAGCUAUCCCAGAAAAACAUCAAUUUGAUCUUUGCAGUGACUGAAAACGUAGUCAAUCUCUACCAGAACUACAGUGAGCUCAUCCCAGGGACCACAGUGGGGAUUCUGUCUGCAGAUUCCAGCAAUGUCCUGCAGCUCAUCGUUGACGCCUAUGGGAAAAUCCGCUCUAAAGUAGAGCUGGAAGUGCGUGACCUCCCUGAGGAGUUGUCUCUAUCCUUCAACGCCACCUGCCUUAACAGCGAGGUCAUCCCAGGCCUCAAGUCUUGUGUGGGACUCAAGAUUGGAGACACGGUGAGCUUCAGCAUUGAGGCCAAGGUGCGUGGCUGCCCCCAGGAGAAGGAGAAGUCCUUCACCAUCAAACCUGUGGGCUUCAAGGACAGCCUAACGGUUCAGGUCACCUUUGACUGCGACUGUGCUUGCCAAGCCCACGCUGAGCCAAACAGCCCCCAUUGCAACAAUGGCAACGGGACCUUCGAGUGUGGGGUGUGCCGCUGUGGGCCCGGCUGGCUGGGGUCCCAGUGUGAGUGCUCCGAGGAGGACUACCGCCCCUCCCAACAGGACGAGUGCAGCCCCCGGGAGGGCCAGCCUGCCUGCAGCCAGCGGGGCGAGUGCCUCUGCGGCCAGUGUGUCUGCCACAGCAGUGACUUUGGCAAGAUCACGGGCAAGUACUGCGAGUGUGACGACUUCUCCUGCGUCCGCUACAGGGGGGAGAUGUGCUCGGGCCAUGGCCAGUGCAGCUGUGGGGACUGCCUCUGUGACUCCGACUGGACCGGCUAUUACUGCAACUGCACCACGCGCACCGACACCUGCAUGUCCAACAACGGGCUGCUGUGCAGUGGCCGGGGGAAGUGUGAAUGCGGCAGCUGCAUGUGCAUCCAGCCGGGCUCCUACGGGGAUACCUGUGAGAAGUGUCCCACCUGCCCUGAUGCCUGCACCUUUAAGAAGGAGUGCGUGGAGUGUAAGAAAUUUGGCCGGGGAGUCCUGCACGAGAAAAAUACCUGUAACCGUUACUGCCGUGAUGAGAUUGAGCCCGUGAAGGAGCUUAAGGACACUGGCAAGGAUGCAGUGAAUUGUACCUACAAGAAUGAGGAGGACUGUGUUGUCAGAUUCCAGUAUUAUGAAGACGCCAGUGGAAAGUCCAUCUUGUAUGUGGUGGAAGAGCCAGAGUGUCCCAAGGGCCCUGACAUCCUGGUGGUCCUGGUUUCGGUGAUGGGAGCCAUUUUGCUCAUCGGCCUUGCUACUCUGCUCAUCUGGAAGCUCCUCAUAACCAUCCAUGACCGGAAGGAGUUUGCUAAAUUUGAGGAAGAGCGAGCCAGAGCAAAAUGGGACACAGCCAACAACCCACUGUAUAAAGAGGCCACAUCUACCUUCACCAAUAUCACCUACCGGGGUGCCUCAUAACAAGCAGUUGUCCUUGGAGUGUUAUCAGACUGUUCUGGGAUCGUGGGGUCUUCCCAUCAUGUUUACAGAGGACAGUGUCUGUGGGGUGGGAUUUGGGGCUUGAGGUGGGUUGGGUUAGAGAAUGUCAGUAUUGGAAGUGCGGGUCUCUGUGGUGGACCUGUGUGUAUGAGUGUGUUGCGUGUUGGGGGAACGUGUAAUUUAAAACUUGUGAUGUGUCCUGACUAAGGGGAGCCCCUCAGUCUUUGUCCUCAGAAUGCCUCCUGCAGGGAUUCUUCCUGCUUAGCUUGAGGGUGUGGCCUGUGUGGCUGAGCAGGUGUUCUGCAUUACCUCAGUGAGAAGCCAGCUUCCCUCAUCAGGUCGUUCUCCCCGAGCAGAAAAGCAGAGCUGAAGCUUCUCAUUCCAGAGGAAGGAACGCCAAGCCUCGGCUCUGCCCUGAGGAUGCCUUUGUGGUCCUUGGGACUGAGUCUCAGUGGCUCUGGUGGGAACUGCUGUGCUUUGCAGCCCAGUUGCAUCACCUUUACCCCAUCUCCCUUUCCUUCCCUCAGACUGAGGGAGGAGCCAGGGGACAGCUGAACCAUUAUUACUGUCUGUGCCCUUUGCCAUCACCUCAGUCCAGCCAUGGUUCUUCCAUAAGGAAAGUCCUUGCCACCUAAUCCUUUGGCCUGUUUGGAGUGAGGAUGGCAGGGCCAUCCAGGGGGCAUGUAUGGUCUUGGGGGACGUGCCUGUGUCCCCAAGUUCACAAUGACAGUCACCUUCAGAUUUGCCUCAUUGAGAGCUCUCCCCUGGAGGUUGGUUUAGAAAAAGUUUGUCACCCUUAGACCAGCACCAUCUCCUUACCUCCUACUUCUGUACUCUGACUGCUGUAGACCUGUACUAUGUACUGGGGAUUUUUCUCAUGACCAGAAGCUUUUCCUCCAAGAGAGAGUGCUAUGGUUAGAGCCAGACCCUGAGCCUCCAGACUUUCUGCCCCUGUCCAAGGCACCACUGCAUACCCAACCCUUUGCCUCUGUAUACUACAUCCAUCCAUGGGGCUGAAUGCAUUUAUCUACCUCUUGGGUGUCUUGUGAAGGAAUCAUUCCUCCGUGGUUCUCUGAGCCUACUGGGCAAAAGUGGAAUGAUGAUCCAGUUGUAUCAGCAUGUGUGGCCUCUUCUAUGGGUGGGGCAACCACAUUUUAACUCAGUCUUUAAUCUGAGAGGCCACAAGUGCCAUUGCAUUUUAUUUUUCUUAUUGGGGCACCUGAAACUAUGAUGCAGUUUGUUUAAUCCAAAGGAGCAUGUAUAUAAUUUCACUUGCAUUAUAUUUGUAAUUUUAUUUGAUGAUUAGAAAGGAGAGCAUAAAAAACCACACAGACAUGGGCUGGUUACAGACACUCCCACUUGGCAUCAUUUAUAGCAAGUCACUGCUCAGUUGCUGGAUCUGUAAGGGUGCUCUUGUCCUGGAAACCUGUGGGGAUGGACAUGUGGAUAUACCGGACCUUUCCCGAAGAGGAAGGGAAUGAGCUAUUCUUUUCCCUUUUAACAAUAGCAGUUGCUCCAUUGGUAUUUACAUUCAUCCAACUUUAAAAAUUAUCAGGAGGUGUCCCCACAUUCCCCAGGAAAAAAGAGAAAGAGCUAUAAACACUGGUCUGAAACUCAGAAUAUCUGAGUCCUGGCCUCAGUGUUGCAGACAAGGAGACAGCAUUAAUCAAGGCAAGUCAUUUUCCUCUUCCUGGGGUUCAGUCUUCUAGUUUGAAAACUGAUAGUCUUGAAAGUCUCUUUCAGUAUCAGCAUUCUCAGAUGCUGGGACUCAACCACGGCAUCGAACAUACAGUGUCAAGAUUCCGUGGGAUGCUGAUACUGUUUGUUUUCUAAGUUGGGAGAUCUGGGAGACCUGGAUUUCUCAAGAGGAGAUGUCAUUCCGCAUUACCUUUCUCAAUGAAAAAUUCUCAUCUUUUCUCAGAGCCCGUCCUCCAUCCUCUGUUAGCUGUUACACCUCCUGAUGUCGCACUUAAGCUUCAUUUAGCUCUUAUUUCUUAGUUCUCUGUGCACAUAUUUGCAUCCACAUGUUAGGGAAGAGGAAUCCAUAAGAAGUCGCUGAAACCUGUAUUCUGUAUCCAUGUGAUAACACUGAGAAUUAACCUUGGAAUUAGGAACAGGAUAAAUGACUGAUCCUGUGCCUCUUACCCAUGGCUCACCCCUUUCUGAAGGGGAUGGGAAUGUGGUAGAGGGAAGGGGAUGGGGGUGGGGUGAGGAUUAUUGCGAGUCCAAGAAGUUUAGAACCUAACUAUAACCUUUGGCUACUGAGACAUGGAGUCCAUUAGAGUAGUAGUGGGACAUUGUUUUUAUGUUUUUUUGGUUAUUUUUAUUAUUAUUUCUUGUAGGACAUUUUCUUUAGACAAGAUGGUUUAUGUGAAGAAAAUAUAUCAAAGGAGGAAGAAUAGGUAUCUAAAGGAUGAAAAAAAAAAAGUAAGAAUCUUGUCUGAGCUUCUGAUAUGAGGCUCAUAGGCCUUGAACACCAGUGCUGUUUGUUAAUAUGUCAGAAUAACCUCUAGCUGUGUUCACCAGAUAGCAAAAUAGUAGGCAGCUUUGGUGUCAUAUAGGGUUAACAUCUAAAUAGUAUUUUCGCAUCAGACAAACUCAGCCCAAAUGGGUUCCUUUUGCCUGGCUCUUUUGGAGGUUAUUUUAUGACCAUUCUCAGCAUCUGUGGAUUAUAACGGUCACCUUUGAACAUUCUUCACUUCCGGAUGACAAGUUGUCACAUAAAGAGUCGUUUCUUCACUCCUCAGAUAUUCCUAGAACAUCUGUGAUUUCAAGAUAUUUCUCUUUGUUAAGUAUUCUUGGUUGAAAUGACUUAAGUGCCUUCUGACUUCCUAACCACUCUGAGUUGUGCAACAGUGGAUUAAAACUGCUUCCCAUAAAGAAUGGGCCUAAGGCUG